AUGAUGAUCGAACAACACGUUGAUGGACUCUUGCGCCACAUAGGCCUUCGAGUCGACCACGACUUGACUCCAGUCUCGGCAUUGCUCAUCGCUCUGGCCAUCAUUGGCUCUCUCAGCGUCGGUACGUUUGUUCUUCGUCUUGUCCAGCUCUUUGCCGACGUCUACGUGCUUCCUGGCAAAUCGGUCUCCAAGUUCGGUGCCAACAAGAGCGACUUCUCCAAAGCCAGCUGGGCCGUUGUCACCGGUGCCACUGACGGUAUUGGCCGCGAGUUUUCGCUUCAACUCGCCAAAAAAGGCUUCAACAUCCUCCUCGUCUCCCGUAGCCCCGAGAAGCUCGGUGCGGUAGCCGCCGAGAUCGAAGUCGCCAGCCCCGGCGUCAAGACGAAAACCCAGGCGAUCGACUUUGCCCUUGGCGACGAACGUCAAUACGAAGGUCUCCAACACACCCUCAAGGACCUCAACAUCGGUGUACUCGUCAACAAUGUCGGCAAAUCGCACAACAUGCCUGUCAACUUUGCCGAAACCGCCGAAGAGGAGAUGGAGGACAUUAUCGAGAUCAACGUUCUCUCCAUCCUGCGUGUUUCCCGCAUGAUCAUCCCCGCCAUGGUUCAGCGCAAACGCGGUCUCGUCUUAAACCUCGGCUCAUUUGCUGGUCAGGUGACCACUCCUAUGCUUGCUACCUAUGCUGGUUCAAAGGCUUUCUUGGCCGCAUGGUCACAGGCUCUUGGUGAAGAGUUGAGGAGAAGCAACAUUACCGUUAGCUUGCUCAACACUUACUUUGUCGUUUCCAACAUGUCCAAGGUUCGCAAGUCGAGCGCUAUGAUUCCCACGCCCAGGCAGUACGUGAGCCAGGUUCUCAAGACGAUUGGUAGGAACGGAGGCGCUGUGGGAAGACCUUAUACUUCGACCCCUUGGCCUAUGCAUGCUAUUGUUGAUUGGGCGACGGCGUUUAUUCUUCCUCGUGCCUGGCUUCUUAGCUACACUUACCACCAGCAAGCUGCUAUCCGCAAGCGUGCUAUCCGUAAAGCUGAAAAGGCUAUCAAGUCUUCUUGA